UCCCCUCCACCGCCUCAAAGCCAUCCCAAUCUGGCCGCUCGCGUGACAGCCUCUCUCUUCUUCCUCGCUCCCCGGCUCCUCUUUUUUCCUCUUUCCUCCCAAACACACAGAACCUUCCGGACCAUUCCAAAACCCUAAACCCUCGCUACCCAAGCAGCCUAAUCCCAGCAGUUUCGCAGUCCACCUCCGGCGAUUCGAGUCGCCCCGAUCUCCGGCGUCUCCGAUUCGCGCCCGCACUCCUCGAUCCGGCCGCGACCCGGCGGGAAUCCGCGCGGAUUUGGGGGAAGAAAUUCGCUCCAGCGGCGUCCCGGCUCCCGGAUCUCCUGAAGCUUCUAGAGCAUCCUUUGCUCCGCGGCGCGGUAGGAUCCUCUGGUUCGUGCUCGGUUUGCUCGAUUCGGGAGGGGCUUCGCCGGAACCGGCGCGGAUUUGGGGCGCGCGUGGGGGUCGGAAUGGCCGCGGCGCGUCAUCUUCUCGCCGCGGUGGUGCUCUGGGCCGCGCUCUCCUCCGCCGCGUCUUUCACCGACCCCUCCGAUGCGAUCGGGAUGUGGGAAUUAUAUCGCACACUGGGAUCGCCAUGGCAGCUUUCUGGGUGGACAUUCAUGGGCGGUGACCCCUGUGGCGGAGACGGGGAACUUGGGUCGUGGCGGGGGGUCUUUUGCAAGGACUCGUGUGUCGUGGCUAUAAACAUUAGUGGCCUUGGGGUCGGUGGGUGGCUUGGCCCAGAACUGCUCAAACUCCACUCUUUGAAAGAGCUUGAUGUGAGCUUCAACAACAUCGCUGGUGAAAUCCCGCCCACUUUGCCCCCAAAUGUGGAAUACUUGAAUUUGGCAGCCAACAAGUUUGAGGGAACUGUACCACCAUCAUUGCCAUAUUUGCACUCCCUUAAAUAUAUGAAUCUCAGCUAUAAUAAUCUCUCUGGAAUAAUUGGUGAUGUAUUCGUUAACAUGAAAAGCUUAGUAACAAUGGACUUAUCAUCCAACUCUUUCGGCGGUGACUUACCAAGAUCAUUUAGUUCGUUGAACAACCUUCACUAUCUUUAUUUACAGCAUAACUACUUCACGGGAUCUGUGAUUUUGUUAGCAGACCUUCCACUGGUAGCACUCAACAUUGAGAAUAAUCACUUCAGUGGUUAUGUGCCUGGAACUUUUGAGUUCAUUCCUGAUCUGAGGAUUGACGGAAACCAUUUUCAACCAGGUUUCAAACGAUCACCGUCCUCAUUUACUAGGACAACACAUUCACCUCCAUCCCCGCAUCAGCCUCGACCUCCAUCUCCACAUCCACCUCCACCUCCACCUCCAUCUCCACCUUCACCAGCAGUCAAGCAGAAUUUAAAGCACAGAGCAAAACCUCCACAGCCUUCUGUUGGCUACACUUCUCUGCAUAGUUCUAGCCACCAUACGAAGUCACACUCUCGAGUGACAGCAGCUGCAAUAGCUACCAUCACUUGUACAAUAUUUAUACUCUUCAUUGUUGGGUUGAUUCUGAAAAGCUGGAAAGGUUGUACAUGUGACCCGAAGAGCACUGCUGACAAUACCAAGUCUUUACCAGCCAAUUUGGAAGGAGUCCCUAAAACAAAUGAGGUCCUGUACUCUUGGAGUUCUCUUAUGAUGGGUCGUGAUACUUCCUCUAGUAAUAAUAAUAGCAUUAACCCUGGAAGAGUUUCCAAAAGGAAAAGUCUGGCCAAGACAUCCAAAACCCUUGUACCUGCAAAGCAAUUUCUGGCAGUCGACAUUUUGGUGGCUACCAGGAACUUCAAUGAAGAAUGUCUUAUCGGUGAAGGUAUUACUGGCCGAGUUUACAGAGGUGAUUUUCCUGAUGGUCAGAUUGAAUACUUUCCUUGUCGGUAUGGCAUAACGUCUUGUCGUAUUGAGCUCCUGGCUAUAAAGAAGAUCAACAUGAUAGAUUUGUCAUUAUCAGAACAAGAUGAGCUCAUGGACAUUCUAUGGAAUAUGUCCAGAUUAAAGCACCCCAAUAUAUCUUCGCUCGUGGGAUAUUGUGUGGAGUUUGGACAUUGUGCUCUUCUAUAUGAGUAUGCAGAAAAUGGCUCCCUUGAUGAUCUUCUGUUUUCAUCAGCCACAAGAUCGAGGGCUUUGUCAUGGAAAGCUCGGAUGAAGAUUGCUCUUGGAGUUGCCUAUGCUUUGGAAUACUUGCAUUUUAUGUGCUCUCCUCCAGUUACCCAUGGAAAUAUUAAAGCUACAAAUAUUUUGCUUGAUGCUCAGCUCAUGCCCUACUUAAGUCACUGUGGGUUAGGAAAGUUCAGCCAUUUUGUCAGCGCCACAAGAAUGGAUUCAGAAGCUCUCAGUGGUGCUAAAGGCUAUGCUGCCCCUGAGGCUAAUGGUUCAGGAACAGAAAUCAUAAAAGCUGAUAUUUACAGUUUUGGUGUGAUAUUGCUUGUGCUUUUGACUGGACAAAAAGCUUUUGACAGUUCAAGAAGGCAGAAUGAGCAGUUUCUAGUUGAUUGGGCCUCCCCUCAUCUCCAUAACCUUGAUUCUCUGGAGGGAAUAACUGAUCCAAGAAUAUGUGGCCACAUGCCACCUAUAGCUAUUUCUGCAUUAGGCAACAUCAUCUUGCUUUGCAUCAAGGUUAUGGGCGACUGAAGUGACUUAAAUUCACUCACAUCUGUUCCUGACGGUCGUUUGGGUCGGAGUCAUGGGCUGCAGGCUACAUCUUUUUUUUCGAGAAAACGCAAAAAGCCUUUGCGUUUCAUUUCAUUGAAAAGAGAGAAGGUUUGCGGUUACAAGCCCCCUAAGGGGUGAAAGGAAAACAAAACAGGGGAGGGCUAGUGUACAUCCCAGGUCUGGGGUAGGAUCACGCGUAGCCCCUGGGCUCCUGCCCUUGCCCAAAGAGCGGCUUCCUCCUUGAUGUUGUUGACGACGGUGCUGAUGGAGGGUCGGGCUCCAUUAAACACGCAGUCAUUGCGGUGCUUCCAGAGCAUCCAGGGGACGAGCAAGGUGAUGGAUGCCAGGCCCUUAUGGGUAGGAGCUGGGGAGCUUUGCCGAGCCUUGUGCCACCAGGUGCAGGCUACAUCUAUUUCAGUCUGUUUUUAGUUCAGUCUUUUUUCUUGCUUUUCUCUGUUUGGUUAUUCAGGGGUACUCGUGUCCGUGCCCUUUGUAAUUUUUGGUCAUGUACUCUGUCCUUUCUUUUGGCCUUUUUUUCUUCUAUAUAUUUCACAUGCAGUUCUCCUGCAUGGUUCGAUUUUUUUUGUUACAUAAUAAUAUAUUAGGUGAUCACACAUCCAUGUUUUGAAUACUAUU